AUGGUCCCAGUUCUGGAAUUGAUACUAAUAUUAGUCAUAUUUAUCCACUUAAUGAAACAGGUGACGAAUGAAGAGGCUGAGGAAAGAAAAUAUUCAGGAGUGAGCAUGUGGCCUGGAGUGGAUUUCCACUGGGGUCCAAAUAAAAGUGUUCCGACACAUUUCAAGUCAUACAAUUCAAGUGUACCAUGGGAGGAGAGAGUGGAUGUCGCCCUAUCCUGGUUCUCCCAUCCUCAAAAACCUGCCAAUCUCGUCAUGUUCUACCUGCAAGAACCUGAUUCCACAGGACACAAGUACGGACCUGAUUCUCCACAGGUGAAAUCUAAAGUGGAGGAGGUGGACACAUUAGUGGGAUACCUUGUGUCUCGACUCAAGAUCCUAGGCCUCUGGGAGAGGACGAAUCUAAUCUUCCUUUCUGAUCAUGGGAUGAUGAAGGUUAAAAAGGAUGCCAUCGUUGACUUACGAUCCAUCCCUGUCUCUCCUGACACUUACAAUUAUAGCAGCAGCUCACCCACACUCCUCAUCUAUCCACUGCCAGGGAAAGAGGAGGAAGUGUACCAAGGAUUCCUCAAUGCAUCCAAGACACAACCAUUCUCGGUAUAUGAGACGGUGAACAGUCCUCCAGACUGGCAUUAUGGACCCACACCCUAUAUGCCACCAUUUUACAUCGUUACAGACCUUGGGUAUGCCUUCAGUGAUGCCUGGUGGCUGCGAGUUCCCGAAGACGAGAGGAACGAGGAAUAUGGAGUCCAUGGAUACAACAAUUCUUUUCCUGAGAUGCAGGCCUACUUCAUUGCCCAUGGCCCAGCAUUCAAGAAGGGCUACGAGACCCCCAAGGGUGCUGUUGUUGACAGCGUGGAUGUCUACCCAUUGAUCUGUCACCUCUUGGGAAUCCAACCUCGACCAAAUAACGGAACACUGGAGCACUCAAUGGAGUUUCUGUUAACCAGGAUGCCAUCGAUUGGGUCGAUUUCAGUGGGAUUUGUUAUUGGGAUCAUAGCAGCUUCGAUCGCAGUUGUCCUGUCACUCGCCUACCUGGUGACAAAUGAAGAAGCAGGGGAAGGAAGAUAUUCAGGAGUGAGCAUGUGGGCUGGAGUGGAUUUCCACUGGGGUCCUAAUGGAAGUAGGCCAACUCAUUUCAAGUCGUACAAUAAAAGUAUGCCAUGGGAGGAGCGAGUGGACUUGGCCCUAUCAUGGUUUUCGCACCCGAAGAAGCCAGCCAAUCUCAUCAUGUUUUAUAUUGAAGAACCUGAUUCAGCAGGACAUGGCUAUGGUCCUGAUUCUCCACAGGUGAAAGCAAAGGUGGAGGAGGUGGACAAAUUAGUGGGAUAUCUUAUAUCUCAACUCAAGUUCCUAGACCUUUGGAAGAGAACUAAUCUCAUCCUCCUUUCUGAUCAUGAUGAGGGGGUUGAGGAAUAUGGAGUCCAUGGAUACAACAAUUCUUUUCCUGAGAUGCAGCCAUAUUUCAUUGCCCAUGGCCCAGCAUUCAAGAAGGGCUAUGAGUCCUCCAAGGAUGCCAUUUUUAACAAUGUGGAUGUCUAUGCAUUGAUCUGUCACCUCUUGGGAAUCCAACCUCAACCAAAUAACGGAACACUGGAGCACUCAAUGCAAUUUCUGUCAUUAACUGGGUUGCCAUCAACGGGGUCAAGUGAUUUGCAGUCGGGGUCAACUCAUUUUCAAUCUGGUUCAGUGGCAUUGGUACUUGGGAUCAUGGCUGGGAUUAUAGUUGUCCCGUCACUCACCUACCUAGUGGUGGUGUAUCUGAGACAGUGGAAGAGGCAACCAUUUAUCCCCCUUCUGUCUUCUUCCAUAAGCUCUCUCUCUCCCUCAGUUCCUUUGGAUUCCUCUGGCUAUUCCUUCAGAGCGUUAAUGUACUGCUUAGGACUGACAAUGCCGCCUGGCAACGUGAAGAAAAUGCGACACAAGAUUUUCAUUGUCCUGUUGAACUGCAUCCUGCUGGGCUUUGACAAUGACCUCCAGAAACCCCAUAACGCCUCUUGA